AUGUCCACCCCGGAAGCCUUCCAGCUCUCUCUCGGCCCUUUGACCGGUGUUGCGUUCGGUCCCGACCGCACCGAGGUCGCUAUCUCACCCAACAACAACGAGGUGCAGAUCUACAAGAAGGCUGGCGAGACGUGGGAUCUUCAGCAGACCCUAUCGGAGCACGACAAGCUCAUCACCGCCAUCUCGUGGGCUCCGCAGACCAACCGUAUCGUGACCUGCUCCCAGGACAGAAACGCCUACGUCUGGACCCACACGGCUCAAGGAUGGAAGCCGGCUCUGGUCUUGCUCCGUAUCAACCGAGCCGCGACUUGCGUCAAGUGGAGCCCGAAGGAGGACAAGUUUGCCGUUGGUAGCGGGGCGAGAACCAUUGCUGUCUGCUCGUUCGACGAGGAGAACAACUGGUGGGUGUCCAAGCAUAUCAAGAAGCCUCUCCGGUCUACCGUCCUCUCGAUCGACUGGCACCCGAACAACGUCCUGCUCGCGGCGGGGACGGCCGAGUCCAAGGCUUAUGUCUUCUCGGCGUUCAUCAAGAACAUCGACUCCAAGCCCGAGCCGACCGUGUGGGGUGAGCGUGUCCCCUUCGGUACCAUCUGCGGCGAAUUCAGCAGCCCUGCCGGUGGUUGGGUGCACGAUGUGGCCUUCUCGCCUUCAGGUGACAUUCUCGGAUUUGUCGCGCACGACUCUUCGGUGAACCUCGUCUACCCGUCCUCGCCCGGCGCGCCUCCUCAGGCAUUGAUCUCCCUUCGCACAUCGGCGCUCCCCUACCUCUCCCUGACCUUCGUCUCGGAGAACACCAUCGUCGCGGCAGGACACGACUGCCAGCCCGUCCUCUUCUCGGGCGACGAAUCUGGAUGGGCCAUGUCCACCUCCCUCGACUCCAAGUCUGCCGCUGGCAAGCCUGCCGCCGGCGGUCGCGUCGUCUCGGGGAGCGGUGGUGGACCCGGGCGGCUCAACUCGGACGCCUUCAACGCCUUCAAGACGGCCGACUCGAGAGGUCAGGCUAGGCCCGCUUCGUCCGCUGGCAGUGCCUCUGGCGGGAUCGAGGUCGGUGCGGACGGCCUGCUUUUGACGGUCCACCAGAACUCGAUCACGCAUAUCGAGGCGUACGAGUGGGGAAGCGGCGGGUCGGUCAGCAAGGUCGUCACGGCCGGUAAGGAUGGGCGACUUGUCAUCUGGGAUGUCGCGGGGAAGAAGUGA